UCCACCACUGUGCCCAAAGCCAUGGCCAAUUCCGUCUGGGACACCAGGGCCAUCACUUUCACAGGAUGUGUGGCACAGGUUUUUAUGCUUUUCUUUCUGCUUGGAGCAGAGUUUUCCCUUCUCACGGUCAUGGCCUAUGACCGCUACGUUGCCAUCUGCCACCCCCUGCACUACGGGACCCUCCUGGGCAGCAGAGCUUGUGUCCACAUGGCAGCAGCUGCCUGGGGCAGUGGGGUUCUCAGUGCUGGGUUGCACACAGCCAAUACAUUUUCAGUCCCCCUCUGCCAGGGAAAUGCCAUAAACCAGUUCUUCUGUGAAGUCCCCCACAUCCUCAAGCUCUCCUGCUCACGCUCAGACUACCUCAGGGAAGUUGGGCUUCUUAUAUUCGGUUCUUUUUUAGGUUUUGGGUGUUUUUGUUUUCUUGUGUUGUCCUAUGUGCAGAUCUUCAGGGCCGUGCUGAGGAUCCCAUCAGAGCAGGGACGGCACAAAGCCUUUUCCACGUGCCUCCCUCACCUGGCUGUGGUCUCUAUGUUCCUCAGCACUGGCAUGUUUGCCUACUUCAAGCCCCCCUACAUCUCCUCCCCAUCUCUCGAUCUGGAGGUGUCUGUGCUGUACUCAGUGCUGCCUCCAGCAGUGAACCCCCUCAUCUACAGCAUGAGGAGCAAGGAAAUCAAGAAUGCCUUGUGCCUAAGAUUUUAA